AUGCAGGACAUCAUCGUGUUCGAGAACACCCCGCAAUAUCAACUUGCUAUUCUCCAAGAAAAGUUUGGCCGGGAAUAUGAAAUACGAUCGGCGAGCAAGGCAAGAUGGACCACGCACGAACCCCUGGAGAACUUGGUCAAGGUUUUCUUUGCAGCCCCGAAAAUGGAAGCAGUGGACUACUUCUACCUGGACAAGCCUGCGACGGUCCUCAAUCCAGCCCAGACAAGGACGAAGCGCACGUACAUGGAAGCCUUUGGAGAUUCCAAGAAGGUCUUCGAUCUUGCACAGCAAAGCAGCAAGUUCUUGCGGACCGAGCUGCACGACAACACCCUCAUGACCCUGAAGCGCAACUGUGGAAACUUGUUCUCAACGAGGCACAACCGCACCAUUGACAAGGAAGAGCUUUUCACUGCAGAGACAGCUGGAUCUUCGAGUGUGGACUUGAGUCCCUUGCCCACGGCAUCGUUGGCCAGCUGCCUGGCCGGGAACGGGAUGCACGUAGCACAGGCUGGGGCGAUUAUUUUGAUAUGCGCCCUGUUCAUUGAAGCCGUUCCCGAGCAUGCUUAG